AUGGCACCCAAAUCUUCUUCAGCUUCGGCCGCCACCCGUAAGAAGCAUGCAAAGAAGUCCCAGCAGCAUCCAACUGGUAAACCAGAUCCCGACGCAGGACCGGCAAACAACGGACCGAAGCAGAAGAAGGAUAAGAAAGCACCGAAGGUCAAACGCUUUAUUCCGCCACCUACCUAUCCGGGUGAAAUCGACCCGGUUGAUAUCUUCAAGAUCGGCUUAGAUGGCAGUCCGGUCCAACCUGAACGGGCAGUGAUCCUACGGAAAGUCGGAAAGAAAGACCCAGUGACGAUAGAAAGAGGACUUGAUGAAUGGAUCAGUUGGAUUAAUGUCGCCUUCAAUCCCACCUCGACUAAUUUUGACAGGAACUUCAACCAACUGCCUGAACCCGUCGAGCUCCUGGCCACCGUACCCGUCCUGAUUCAUCAUUUCCCUCGACUGGCAGUACACCCAUCUCGCCGAGUGCGAGUGCUCGCGUUGAGCUUACUAGACACCUUCGUAAAUUUCAAACACGAUCAAGAUCACCCUUGUCGAUCGGUAUUGUUAAAUCCAGUCGAACUAGAAAGGCCUGAGUACAUUGGCAGUUGGAUCAUCAGUUUAUGGGAUCCCGACAAGACAGCUCGGGCUGUUGCUACCAGGAUUUGGAAUGAAAUCGUUGACUUGAACGCUGGCGAAUCUACCCAAGUCGACGGCAAAUUCAAGUUGAGCGAGUAUGGCUCCGAAAUCCUUCAUCACCUUAUCAGCUACAUCCAACUGUCCUCAGACGGGGAAGAUUCUCAAGAGCACGCGAAUUCUCAAUCCAUCCCUCGGAAAGUCGCCGUCCUAUCUGAAUCGUCUGAAUCUACAUCUUGUCGUCUCAGGGCAUCGGCCUUUGAGGCAUUAGCACAUUUACUCCAAAUACACCCAAUGCCCGAAAAAACAUUUGAUCAAAUCAUCAACUCAGUGAUCGGUCAACGUCAGACGUGGGAGCUAAUCGCCCCAGACAAACACCAAGAACCCUUGGUCCGGAGAGCUAUCUGGACAUUGAUUCAAACUCUGGCCACCCGUGAAGUCUGCCGGCCUUUACUCGAUGCCCUUCUGCCCGUUUUUUCCUUUUCCGCAUUAGAUGCAGCCUUCAUGGAGAGAGAAUCAAGUGUGCAAGGUACAAUGAUUAUCGGAUUGGUCGCGCUUCUUAAAAACUAUCCCGCACUGUGGUGGUCCACAUUGCAAUCUAUAUCCCAAUCUAUAACAGCGAGUCAAGAUCAAAAUCCUGCUUUUCAAGUUGUCAAUGAACCCUCAUCUGAUCAACCGUCACUUUUAGCCAGAUUUUACACGUUCCUGGAGCUUGGCUGCCCGAGUAAUCCAACACUUCUUUAUCCUGCCUUGAUCUUACUCAUAGCCUCAUCCCCAGUCACAAUCGAACAUACCGACCAAUUCUUCACUCACUUCUGGGCGGCUUUUGAAUCGCGAGCUCUCCGAUCGAGCGGCGCGCGGGGUCUGAAAGAGUUCUAUAGCGCAUGGAGCGAGUGUCUACUAUUCUUCGCAAAGAAACUCGAUGACCAAGCCAACCCGGUUAUCCGGAGUCAACUUAAUAAAGCAUGGACACAACUGAUUGAUUUCAAUGAUCAAACCGACGCCGGAUUCAAUGCUUUGAGUUCAGCUAUUAUGAAGGUUGCACAUAAGUCGAGCUUUGCAUCCGAAUACACAUGGUCAGUCAUCGGGACUGCGGUACAAGCCGAACCUGACGAAAGAAAAGCUUUACGAUAUUUACAGUUUUUGUCCAAAGCACGCAUCUCUCAUCCACAUGAAUCACAGCGAAUGAAAGUUGAAGAAGCUAGUGUUCUACUAUCCAACCGAGUGCUGGAUCAUUUCAGCAGAUUGGUCCAGAUGAUUGAACAAGCAGCUUGGGUCCCUGUGCUCGCUAAAAUUUUCAAUGAAGAAUCCGCUGGGAGAACCCUCUUGAAAGCCUCUUCAAUCGAUCUACUAGCGAAAUUCUGCCGAGAUCUACUACCCGAGGCAGUCUGGGGAGGCUCGAAGCCGCACUACAACUUAUUUCUCGACAUUCUUCAAACUACAAUCGAUGGCGUGGCUGGUCCUGCAUGGGUGGCCGUCAUGAAUCUCGAUAAAUUUGUCGUCGAACUAACGAAACUUAAACACUCCAUCUUAUCUGGAAUACUAAAUUGCGUUGUGAAGUCAGAUGCGAGCUUGAACUUGCCAAAGUUAGAAAUCGACCGUUUCGUAUUAGGAUGUCUAGAUGAACACCUUGAAGGCAACCUAACGCUUCAUGACAUUAUUGAAGUGAUUUCGACACGCCCUCAACUUUUCAUUCGAGACGAGACAAUUAGGCGCAUGUUUUUCAUCGUCACCAACAAGCUUCACGUCCAGGCAGGGCUCCUGCUGCAUAGUCCUGAUUCAUCAACUCACCCCAAGCUACACACCCUUUUACCGAUGUGCAAUCUACAGCUCCGGCAUUUAGAUCAACUGGACUCUGCGCAAGAAUCUUUAAUAGCUUCAACUCUGAAACAGACUGUCGUUGAUUUGUUCUCUGUUGAAUCAUUUUUGCCACUGAUCGGUGACGAAUCCGAAGGAGAGCUGGUCAAAAUUGCCCAUGAAGGCUACUCACUUGCCCUCAAACUCUUCCCAGCUACUCAGCGAGUAGAACUCCAUCGUGCAAUUUUUACGCUACUUGGCGACUGCAUUACAGAUGUUCAAUGUUCAAUUCAUCCUUUCGACCUAAUCGAAAUAUUGAGAGUCUUCCUUGACCAGCCUUGUCAACUCGAGACCACCGACUUCCUAUGCACACUGCCAAUCGGGAAUAUCACCGACAAUUUAAUAACAUCGCUGUUUUCAUCCAGAAAACUUUCACCUUUGCUUCCCAUCAUCAAUUGUCUGAUUGAGUCUUCUUCUUCUGGGGAACAUGCCGUCGACGUUAGUCUUGUCAAUAAACAUGACAGAAUAGGGCUUGCUAUCUUGGACCUUUUUACUCAAGAUCGACAGUUGGCUCAAACCCAUCUUUGGCUAUGGGGGCAUUGCAUGUACAUUGGGGAACUUGCGCGCUACUCAAGCUCAAACUCUUCAUCCUUGACAGAAAAAAGUCACCUUCUAUCCGAGGAUGAACUACAAUCAAUUGUAUCCGCUGUUGAUACCAAUACCACAUAUCUAGUAUCAUCCCUAUCUGCCGAUCGCGUGACGUCAUCAUGGCAUUCGGAUAUGAUUAUGAAGAUGGCUGAGCCGGAAAACCACAUUUCCAGCGAGACGGAUCCGUUGAAAGGUCUUAUCUUGAACCUGGUACUUGAGUCUCACCGGGAAGCUACGAAGGAUCUUGCCACGGUUGCACUUCAUAAAGUCCUGAGUACUUUGUUCAAGUACUCAGAUACGAGUACGAAUGACUUUAAUCAAUGGUUCGAAUUCUCGCAACAAAUUCAAGAGUCUCAAAGCAAUCUGUGUUUCUCUCUGAUCCGAAGUCUCAAGUCAUAUCUAUUUGCGGACGAAAGCUUUCAGAAAUAUCAGAAUCGGUUGGCUGGUAAAUUGACUGACGUAUCCUCAGACCAGGCUAACACUAAAGGUCUCCACCUCGUCAAACUUUUGUGUUCAACUGCUCCACCACCCGAUUCAGUGCACAUCUUUUUACCUCAACAACGAGUAGUUUUCUUGCUGCAAGCGGUUAGUGGAUGGCUAAAAAGCGAUGAUGACCUCGGGCAUGAGCUCAACAUUAAACUGCUCGAGUUAUUCUCAGACCUUGCACCGAUCGUUCAGAACGUCAUGGGGGCUCAUUGGGAUCAAAUGGCAGAUCUGAUCGAAGUCAACUUGGAAGAAGCCUCCUGGGAAGAUGAAGAGUCGCUUUUACUGUUAUGGCAGUCUUGUCUACUGAUUAAAACUCUUCAAAGCAUCAUGAGACACAAUCAUGCCCUCAAAAAACAGAUUGGCUCGCAAAUUCAAGGCUGUCUGAAGUUGGUGCUAGAUCUGUUUUGCUCGGCUCCGCUUCGAUCAACUAUGCCUACAACUAUUGCCUCACUUUUGAAUGUUAUCGAGGACGUCUUGAGCGAUGAUGAAGCCCACUCUUUAUAUUUAGGAGUGCCUGUAAAAUUCCUUGUAAAUUCACUUUACAGUCCUUCGAUAAGGUCGAGCGUUUUGGCGUUGAAGAUUGCGCAAACGGCUGUCAAAUAUCUUGUUGACAAUCUGGCCAUUGAAAUCGAGCUGAAUUCCGAGAACACGAUAUCACCUUCUCUGCCCGAUGAGCUUUUGAAUUCUAUCCAGGUUUCUAAAUAUGAACGACCCACUCCAGCCUUGAUGAGCUGGGUACUCAUCUUUUCUUACUUUCAAAAUGCGUCAUCGCGACUGAGAAACGGCUACAGUUCACAGCUCCGUGAGGCCAACGUAGUAUCUGAAAACUUAAUCCCGCUGCUUCACGAGGUUCUGCAUGUUGCUGAGCGUGGAAAGCCAAUCGAUGUCUCGAUCUGGGACGUUCCUUCAUUUGAUUUUUCACUCAUAGAAAGUACGAGGCUCAAGCCUGUUCCUCUGGCUGCUUAUGUGUAUUUUCUAGCCCUUCGGGUGAUCCCGUCGCAAAUUCGAUUAUGGUGGGAAGAAUGUAGAAACAAGCAGCUUUCAAUCAGUGUUGUUAGCUUUAUCAGCCGACAAUUUUCUCCAAUCCUCAUCAGUCAAGAACUUGCUAAAUUCAAAGAACCGGCGACGCUCCAAUCUCUCACAGACGAAAAUUUGGCAAUCAAAGUCAGCCCGGUAAUCAAGGAAGUUAAAGUGACUUAUACCGUCGAUGAAGAGUCCAUGGAGAUCGUCAUUAGGAUCCCCAGUGAUUAUCCACUACAGCCAGUUGAAGUGCUGGAUAUUAGGAAAGUUGGUAUUCCGGAUACUACAUGGCGUGCCUGGCUGUUAGUUGUACAACAAUCCAUCGCCAAUCAUUAUUAA